UCCUCGGUUCCGCCGUCCGUUUUAAAAUGAACAAAUAACAACCAAUGACAAUGAAGAUGUGCUCCGCUUAAAUUGCUCCGUUUGCACAAUAGAGCAGAAAAAAAGAUUCCGCUUAAAAAGGGGAAGCUUCGGUCGGAUAUAUUGAAGGAUAUGUCAAUUUAAGUUAACUUUUAGCUGCAGUUUCAGUAACGUUGUCAUAUUUGACGUUUUGGAAAGUGGAAAGACUAUUUUCGAGGUGGCUGGCUUGUCUAGUUGGUCAGAAAGUAACAAAUGUAUCGGUAUAAAAUUUGGUGAUAUGACUUGCCAACAAAGUUACAUUUUGGUGAUGAGAUCGUUAUGCUAACGAUUCCUCUGGAAAAUAACGUCUUCUGGGUAGUCUGCCUAUUUGUCCAGCAUUCAGAUCAGAUCUAAUCUGAAACAACAGCAGCACAUCCAGUAAGUUCACUUUGAUGGUUCCAAGUGUCUUCUGUCAGGAAGUGGAGCUUGCUGACUCUCAGUUAUUGAGUAACAGAACUGUAUUUGGCAUUAACCUGGUUUGAUAACGAACUGCUUAAAGAGCCGAUGAAUGUGAAUAUUACAACCUGACAAGCUCAGCUGGGGCACAGUAUUUUAGCCAGUGAGUCCUGGGAGCCUCUGACAACAUGGGGUUAGCUCGUGGACUACAGUCUUUGACACUUAUCCACAUCCUGCUGUGCUGUGCAUCUCUCCCUCAUACACCGAUGGAGUUCGCUAUCCGGCACACCUGGGACGGCAAUCCUGUGAAUCAUGACCCUAUCAGAAUCCUUUUCUCUCCUGGACAAGGAGGGCUGAAGAUGGAGGUGUCUGGUCCCUUCUUCAAUGACCCAGCAGGUCCUGAAGGACCCCCCAGUCAGGCCUUCCCUGGACUCUGGGAUUAUGAAGUCGUUGAGUCCUUCUUCCUUGACAGUACUACGGAAAAUUACCUGGAGGUGGAGCUUUGUCCACACGGACAACACCUGAUCUUAUUGCUGUCAGGAGUCGGCCAAGCAUUCCAGCAACAACUGCCCAUGGUGUUUAAUUCCAAAAUCACAGGGGACAGGUGGAUGGGUGAGGCUCUCAUUCCCUGGUCGUACUUCCCUCCUAAUGUUAACAAGAUGAACUCCUACGCCAUCCAUGGCUCAGGAGAGAAGCGUACAUAUGAGGCUCUCUACCCCAUUCCCAAGGCAGAAAUAGUGGAAGGCCAAAAACCCAAUUUGUUUUAUUUCAUCGCUGGAGUAUUUCGCAGUAAAGAAAAUCCCUGACAAAUCUGCUUUUGCAUCACCAAGGAAAAUAUUGGAAAUGGCAACCACCGCCUGGAGUAUUUCCAAAAUUUCCACCUGCAAAGCAUCAUGGGAGAGGGCUGGGUCCAGCCAGAGUCUGAUCUAUGGAAAGGAAAACCCUGAGCUUUUCAAAAACACUCUUUGUCUCUCUCUCGCACAAACAGACACACACGCACGCACACACCGAGAUGGCAGGGAAAGUACAAACACUCAUUGCCAGGGAACAAAGGGCAAUCAAUCUUUAUUAGUUAAUGCUGUCAAACGAUAUGACGAGAAAUAUGUUAUCAGCUUGUCAGAGCAUAUUAGCCUUCACACACAUUCAUGCGAGCACACAGACACACACACAUCACAAGCUGCUGGACGUCACCUUCUAUUGCCUCGGCAGAGUGUGACCUCCAGCGGUUAUACUGUGAAUGGUGGCAAGGAAUGCUGACUUUGACCUUCAGCUCCUGUGUAGCCUGUGCGUUCCACUUCAGUGGUAUAAACACAGCAGGUCCUUGUGAUUCUCUGCCCCGUUAGAAGACACAGACACAAACGACCAUACACACGCCAUUAAAGUGAAAAAUCUGUUCUGCAGAGACACGUGCUAGAGCUUUUGAAUUAGAGCUGUACUGUAAUUAGUUAAUUUUUUGCAAUCAUGCCACUACCUUUAUUGAUUUCCUUUUACAGUUAAAUAUGUUUACAAAUUGAUUACUCAAUGCUGGUGAAGUGUAUUGUCCUUUUUUUUUUUUUCUCUCUGUGAUUGUUUGACAAAUGUCACUUUCAUUGCACUUCUGGUGUGUGAUCAUGCUUCUGGGCUAUGUUUAUCUGUUAGAGUCAAAUUUUGUGAUUUGAGGAAAAUAGUCGUUUUUGGCUUUCUAGCUGAGAGUUAGGUAAGCAGGUUGUAGUGGUGGAAGAAGCACUCAGAUCAUUUCCUUCGGUAAAAGUGCCAGUACAACAGUGUAAAAAUAUACAAGUAAAAGUCCUGCUUUCAAACAUCUACUGAAGUAAAAGUACAGAAGUAUUAUCAGCAAAUAAAGUAGUAAAAGUAAAAAAAAAAAUGCUCCUGUGACUGAUAUAUUAUUAUAUAUGACAUUAUUAAACUAUUAUUAAAGCAUUUUGCUUUUGGUUGAUGCAGAGCUAGUUUAUGGGUUCCCAAUUUAGGGUUCAGACCCUUUCCAAAUGGUCAAUAGAUAAAUCUGAGUUUGUGAGAGAUGAUUAAUGGGGCCAGAAAGGAGGACUUCUUUGGACAAAUUUGUAUUAAUUUUUUGGACUUGUAUUUAAUCUUUGUUUUUUGUGUGUGUGAAUUAUUGGAUAAUUUUAUCUCUUUUCACUUCGAACAGUUAUCUCAGUGAAACCAUCUCAGGAGUUAAAAAAAAGAAAUCACCCCUGUGGCAGACACAGGGCAAGGAUCCCCUAUUAUAGCCACUGGUUUUUAUCAUUAACAUUAGUUGAGUAGUUGUACUUUGUUAUUUUCCACUUCUGGAAAGUUGAUACCACUUUAUGCUCACGUCUGUAUGCUAACUCUGCAGCUUCAGCCAGCAGCUGCUUAACUUGAGUGAUGUGGAAUAUACUGUAUGUCUUCUCAUUAUGUCAAAUGAUUGUAUAAUAGGGAUUCAUCAUAACAAACGAAAUAAUGUAUAGUAGCUUGAAAGCAGCUCAGAACAAUGAAUUGACUCGCAGUUCAUCCCCCCUCGGAAACUGCUGAUCCCCGGGGAUUUUCAUGCACAGCCGUCUCGUCAGUUUACUCAGAUUGGUGUGAAAAACAGAAAACAUCCACCGAGCGCAGUUCUGCCGAAUGAAAUGCCUUGUUGAUGAGAGAGGUCAGAGGAGAAUAGCCAGA